AUGACUCUUUGCACAGAGGCGGCCGCGGUGGUGGUGGUAGAGGAAAGCAGCAUGGCGCAGCAGCCGCGGGUCUUCACCAUGCCCAGGCAGCAGUCCUUCUGCCCGCCGCAGGUCUUGAACCCUUUCGUGCAAGAGCAACGUCUGGAGGCCAAAGACAAGUACCGGGAGGUCCUGUUUGGACUUAUUCUGCUCCCGUUACGGGCAAUGUUGAUGCUGCUAAUUUUGCUCCUGGCCUGGCCAUUUGCUGUCCUAGCAACCUCCUGCAACUCACAUAAAGAGGUUGUGCCUCUUGUAGGAUGGAAAAGGUUCGUAUCCUACACCGGCCUCAGGUUCUUGGCCCGUGCCUUGUUCUUCGUGAUGGGCUUCCGCGUGAAAGUGAGAGGCAAACCAGCCAGCCGUGCCGAAGCAGCCAUCUUCGCCGUAGCUCCUCACUCCACCUUCUUUGACGGAAUUGCCUGCAUCCUCGCUGGGUUGCCUUCGAUCGUGUCUAGAACGGAGAACCUCAAGGCCCCCAUCCUCGGCAGAGUUCUUCAGGCCCUUCAGCCCAUCCUGGUGUCCCGCCUUGACUCCAAUUCUCGGAGCAAUACAAUCAAUGAAAUAAGCAGACGGACAACUUCAGAAGAACCAUGGCCACAGGUAUUGAUUUUCCCAGAAGGCACUUGCACAAACCGUUCAUGCCUGAUCACUUUUAAGCAAGGGGCCUUUAUUCCAGGAGUCCCGGUUCAACCAGUGGUGAUCCAAUACCCAAACAAGCGGGAUACCGUGACGUGGACGUGGCAAGGGAAUACCUUCCUCGAGGCUUUGGUUCUGACUCUUUGCCAGCCAUACACAAAUGUAGAAGUCGAGUUUCUGCCUGUCCAUAUUCCAACCAAUGAGGAGAAGAAAUUCCCAGUGCUUUUUGCCAACAGGGUCCGCUGCGAAAUGGCAAGCGUUUUGGAUGUGCCUGUUACAGACCAUACGUACGAAGACUGUCGGCUGAUGAUAUCAGCCGGACAGCUGACGUUGCCUAUGGAAGCAGGUUUGGUGGAGUUCACCAAAAUCAGCAAGAAAUUGAAUCUCAAGUGGGACAGUAUCCGAGAUCAACUGCAUCAGUUUGCUGAGAUCGCAAGUGCCUCGAAAGGGGGCAGGAUCAAAAUCGAUGAGUUUGCCAGAUACUUGAAACUGCCCGUCUCCGACGUUCUCGAGCAACUGUUUGCACUUUUUGACAGGAAUGGCGAUGGUACCAUCGACUUCAGAGAAUAUGUGAUCGGCUUGUCUGUUGUAUGCAAUCCGGCUAACACAGAAGAAACUAUUCAGAUGUCUUUUAACCUCUUUGAUCUUGAUGAUGAUGGUGUGAUAACAGAAGAUGAAUUUGCUGCUGUCAUGCGGUCAUCGCUGGGACUUCCUGACCUUGAUGUCUCUAAGCUCUUUAAGGAAAUAGAUGCUGACAAGACUAAUAAGCUGUCUUAUGAUGAAUUCAAAGAUUUUGCCCUAAAACAUCCCGAAUACGCCAAGCUGUUUACCACCUACCUUGAGCUGCAGCGAUGCCAAGUCCAGAAGGAAUCAGAAGAUGAUAACCAGAGUCCCCCUCCAAAAACCCCUGACUCGAAAAAGACUUUGAUCCCAAACAAUAAAGUUCAUCCUCAAAACAGCGAGGAUGACAUAUCCAGCGCCUCAGACAAAAAGGACGACUGAGCCAUAAACUUUUUUUUUUAAUUAAUCUUCUCAAGGAUUUUAUAUUUAAAAACCAUCUGAUGCUUUGGAAGCUCAACAUAAGACAGCAAAGUUAAAAACUGCUUUUUAACCUUUUUAUGUAUCGAGAUUGCUUUUUUAAAAUUAAUAAAUUACUCCUUUUUUUUUGUGCUGCAAGGGCUGUGUUAAGUAAGAAUUAUGGCUCCUCUUGGUACCAGGACGCCUGCAUUGAAGUGAAAUGUGAGAACAGUAUCUUACUUACUACUUGCUUCAAGUUUGAAGCUUCUAUACAGCUGCACAUUUUUUCUGCAAAGAGAAUUUUCUAUGUUGGGAUCAAACCUGUUUGAAGAAAGAACUUAUACUUCUCAGGGUCUGGAUCUCGCUGUUCUGGAAGAGUCCAGGACAAAAUCGGUGAUGUCUUUUCUCACCCUGCCACUCAUUUUUCACACCCCACCCCCAACACAUGCUUCCUGUUUCCCACUCUAGGUCUGUGCCUUUCUUUAGCUCCACUUCUGAACGGCUGGACAACCACCUUGGUUGCUGUUGGACUGGCCCUUGAAUGGCAUCUUGAAGAAGCACAAAGGAAAGAUGCUGCAGUUGUCUAAGAAACUGACUGGCAUGUUCCAUCUUUUCUAGUUCAGAUGAAGUGGGUCUGAAAGUGUACCUCCUAGGGAACUGUGUCGUCCCAUCUUGAAACAAAGCCAUGAACCUUCAAGCCAAGCACUUCCAAAAACAGCCACCUAAGCGGAGCCCUCAAUAUGCCGACCAGCGAUUGUGUCAGUCCUGCAAUUGACUGAUAUUUGAUCAUCAACUUUGUUCAACUUGUGAACGUUCCGACGUUCCUGGACUCUUUCUGCUUUCAAGCUAGCAGCAUGCCCUUUGGAAGCAUCUGACCUUUCAGAAAGGCUAGCAAGUUUUGUGAUUUGUUGAAGAAAAAUGAAUGCAGAAGUACAGGAAUGUUUUGUGGCUUUCCGGAGCUUUUCUUAAUUAGUUUCUUCUGAAUCUUCUAAGAGGAGCUUAAGUGAGAAGGGAAGGGCCCAUGGCUCAGGGGUGGAGAAACGCUCACAUCCAGCCAGUCUCCGAUUCAGUUCUCGACAUCUCCUGUUUAAAAGAGUCAUAUAGGAGGUAAUAGGGAAGAUCCUGACCUAAAACACAGGAGAGCUGCUACCAGUUGGAAUAGACAACACUGCUCUUAGUAGACCAAGUCAGAUCACUGGUGUAAAUAAAUAAGCACCUUGUGUGUUCAUGUGAGUUGCAAAUGUCCUGAGAACUCAUCACUUUGUGACUCUAACCAUGUGCCCCUUUUUGAUAUCUCAGCUGCCCCUCUGUAUGGAAUCUGUUGCAAGCUGUCUCGGCAUGAGUUGAUUCCUUCUUCUCAAAACCAAUUUAACUGCCUCAUGAAGUCACAUAUAUUUAAGCUGCUUGGUAGAAUAGGAGUACUCAUCCCCUCUUCUGUUGCACAGGGAAGAUAACUGGUCGAGUACGGACACAAACAAGUCUGUCAUUAUCCUUAUUUUCCUCAUGUGCACAGGGAGGUUGGAGAGAGGGGGUUAAUUCAGGGGAUUUUAAUGUUGCAAAACCAUAGUAUAAUUUUCUUGCUCUAUGCCAAUUUCUACAAAAUUAUGAAUUACCACAGUAAUGCCUGCCUGACCCUUUAUCCAAUUUAAAGUGCAUUUUCCGGGCGGUGGGGGUGGGGGGUGGUAUUUCAGGUUACCUAUUAGAAAGAGGAAAACAUUAAAGUUU